AUGGCUUCAGGAUUAGAGAAACCCCGAGUGACGGAGAUACAUGUCCGGAUGGACUGUAAUGGAUGCGUACAGAAGAUCAAGAAAGCCCUACAUGGCAUCAAUGGUAUAUAUGACCUCUACAUUGACUUCCCACAACAAAAGCUAACAAUAAUUGGGUGGGCAGACCCUGAGAAGAUAGUCAAAGCCAUUAAGAAGACAAGGAAGAUUGCCACCAUAUGUUCCCAUACAGAGCAACAAACAGAGCCUGCUCCUCCACCAACAGAACAAGAAGCACCAGAAGGUGGUGCACCAGCUCCAGCUGAUCCUCCACCAGCAGAGCAAGCACCACCAGCAGCCCAAGCAGUGCCACCAGCCGAAGCAGCCCCACCAGCACAGCCACCAAAAGAGUCACCACCACCAGAACUUCCAACACCAGAGGCAGCACCUGUGGCUGCAGAAGCCAACCCAGGCCACCAAAUGCACCACCCUCCAAGAGAUGUUGGAGAAGUUCAUACCAUAUACCAUCAUCCACCUGAUUAUGGAUACAGAUAUGGCCACUCUCAAGGCUACACUGGGUACUGGAACAGAUACCAUAACAGCCAAGGGCAUCCACAGGAGCCUACCCCCAUCCCAAUGGGCCCCACCCCAACACCGACGCCACCAGUCUAUGUAACACACAGCUACAACACAUACAGGCCAUCACCUUAUGUCACUGAAUAUGAGUGUAUCCAGCCACCCCCUCAACCCACACAUCUCAGUAGGAUGAAUUACUACAAUGAGGAACAUCACAUUAAUGUCAGCAAUAGCAACGGGAAUAUCACAUCAAUUUUUAGCGACGAAAAUCCGAAUGCAUGUGCCGUAAUGUAG